UUGCAACUGUUGUCUUGAAUAGAUGCGCAUGUAAGACAAUUUGUACCUAUGGCACUAUCUGCUGCCUUCUGCGCUGCCUUGGCGUUCUAAAGCUGAUUUUUAUGGCUCUUGCAGAUAAAAAGCAAGUUCAAUCUUUGAUUUUUCUUUUCUCCCUCAGCGUGUUUCCUGCUUCUCUGCUCCUUUGACGAAUUUUUCGUUCCCACAUGCGAGAAAUGGAGUCCCAAACUCCACCUUCGAAGAUUGCCCGUCUUGCCUCUGGUGUUGGACAGACAGGUUGUUUGAACAUGGAGAGACAUGGGUCCAGCGAGGGUUCUACUACAGGGUCACCUCCAAUUGCGUUGGGACUAGCUCUUGGACUUGAUGGGUCGAGUGAUCACAGACCAACACCAAUCCCUGGCUGCUCAAAACCUUACGGCUUCACCAUUCUCCAACUGCACGAGCUACAACUGCAAUCUCUCAUCUACAAGUACUUAGAAUCUGGAUUCCCAGUCCCCUACCAUCUUCUUCUUCCUAUAUGGAAGAGCGUUUCUAGCUCUCUCAACAGUGUCAACGACUCAAGCUUGUACCAACUCUACCCUUCCUUCAUGGGAGGUAGCUUCUCAUUGCAUGCAGAUUACAGAAAUGUGAUGGAAGCGGAGCCAGGGAGAUGUAGAAGAACAGAUGGGAAGAAAUGGAGGUGCAGCAAAGAGGCUCUCCCAGAUCAGAAGUACUGUGAUAGGCACAUGCAUAGAGGGCGUCAUCGUUCAAGAAAGCUUGUGGAACCUUCUUCUUCUCAACCCAUUAGUGCAACCACCAACCUCUCCAUUUCACUUCCAAUCUCGAAUGAUCCCUCAAAUGGAGAAGUUGGGUUGAGGCCAUAGUUUCAGAACAGGAGAAACGCUGUUGCGUGUGUCAAGCACUGUCAGGUGAAGGAUCGGAAGAUGGAAAAUUCGUGGGCUCCAGCGGUUGUUUAAUUGUAGCUAUUCAAACGGGACAUGUUUGUUUUCAUAUAUUGUUGAAAUGUUUAUGGUGUUUGAUUAACCUUUGUUGUCUAGGCUCAACCCUUCUUUCUAGUUAAUUAAUUUUGGUUUUUUUUU